GUUAUUUCCCCUGCAUUGAUUUUUUGAGAUCAGACAGACGGCGUGACGGAGUCCUCGGUUGUGCUACUUAGAUAUUAAAUUGUAGAUUGAAACGAGGACAGACAGUGGUCGAUAGAAGAUGCGGCUUGCUAGGCGGGCCGCCCCGGCCGCUGUCAUUGGGGUCGUACCCGCAACCGUCAUGGCGACACGUGGUGAGAACCCGAUAAAGAAAGUCCUCAAGCUACUUGGAGAAAUGCAGACAACGUUGGAGUCAGAAGCCAAGACCGACGAUGAGCUCUUCAAGAAAAUGGAGUGCUGGUGCAAAACAAAUCGGGGUGAGAAAACCGAAGCGGUAGAAAAUGCACAGAUUAUGGCUGGCACUUGUUGUUGUGAAAAAUGUCGUGUGUACAACAAGCCCUACUUGUUCAAAAAAAUGCGACCUCAUCCUCGCGCACCAGGGGACGAGGUCGUGAUUUGAUCAAUACUCUGAGAUGAGGCAACAUCUGACGUUUGUUCCUGCACACUGGCACUGGUGCCGAAUAGGACGAUCAAAUAACCUCAUGAGAACAAGGGACAUCGAUCAGGAUUACUGCACCCAGAACCUCAACGUGCUGUACCAACAAAUACAACGUGUUGUACCAAGAUGAACUACGUCUCUCUCUUCUUCUUCUAAUCUCUAGAAGAUAGAAAAGCUGAAUGGCGUGAUAGACGAGCAGACGGGUUUGAUUGCAGGAUUAUCGGAAGAGAUCAAGAACUUGAAGGAGAAAAUAGCGAAGGAGGAAAAAGAGGUAGCAGAUAUGGAGAAACUCCGAUCUGACGAAAAAGGUGAAGCAGAAAAAUUUCAGGCAGAGACAAAGGACACAAUUGAAACCCUAGGAAAGGCUCUCAGCGUGCUAGGCGGCGUGCAGACGAGAGGUGCUCAUGAAUAUUUUCUACUGGUGUCUUCUCUUUUUCUCCUAGGACCACUAUACGUAUACCAUCGCGUUAUUGCUAUAUGAUCAAGCUCCCCCUGCAUCGAGCUGCCUCUGUUGUUUGCUUCUGGAACUUUUCUGCCAGCAGCACGACUGCUUAAGUUUGAAAAGGAUUCCAUGAAUGAAGACUACUAGUGCUGGCGUUGGUGAAACGGGGACAUUAGAGAGGAUCUCACGGUCAAAUCAGAUUUAAAUAUGUUUUUGUGAUCCUAUUGUCCUGUUUUGUGGCAAAAAUCAACUAUCACAAAGACGAACGAGAUGGUUACUGUAUUUGAGAAGUUGUUCCAUCCCGCACGUUCCCUCUCCCAGGUGCUCUCCUCGACGCCUCGCAAAAGCGUUCGCUGUCCUUCUUGCAAGAACGUCUAUCCUCGGCUCAUGCCUUCGAUGCUGAAAUGAAGAAAGAUUUGUGGGCCGUCCUGGGCUCCCUCAAGAACGAAAAGCCAGGAUUCUUUAUGCUUGGAUGAGAAUAGUUGAGAGUGAUGUCCACGCGCGUGCAGAUCUGCGUAAGGGUCUCCUCGCAAGAACUCAUUAUUUGCGGGUCACCUUUUGCUAGAAGGGAUAUUUUUUUCGGAAAUCUAAAUAAUCUAAAGAUUUAAAAUUCGAGGCUAAUAUCCUCAGCCGACCCACUUGUUGACCUCUUUCAUACACUUGCAGCAGCCGCGCGACUAUUCAGGCAUGGAAGCCACAGCGCCAACCACGUUAGAGGGUGGUGUUGCGGGAGCAAAUAGCUACAACUCCGCGUCUGGCGGUAUCUAUGGCGUCCUGCAACAAAUGAACGAUGACUUCAACGCCCAGUUGAAGGACAGCAUUGACACUGAAGCAACAGCCGUAGCGAACUUCAAGAAGGCAAAGAAAGCGAAGUUGGACGUACUAUUUCUAAAGACCCUGUUGUGUUGUGUUAGAUGGGAUUUAGAUUUUUUAGAUUUCGUUUCUGAUCAUAACCAACGUGAAACACACAGAGUACACCGUCCGUGUGGUACACUUCAAUUCGCCCCUCCUACAGGAAAUCGCUGCUUCCAAAGCCGACAAGGCUGCCAAGCAGAAGGCUCUAGGCGAUGCCAAAAUGACGAAAUCCAAUGCCAAGAAGGACUUGAAGUUGACCACCGCACAACUCGGAGAGGAUGAGAAGUUUUUGUUGGAGCUCGAAGCCAAGUGCAAGGACGCGAUCGACGGUCAUGCAGCUCGUAGCCAGAUGCGCAAUGAUGAGAUCAAAGCCGUGGGAGAGGCGAUUGGUAGAAUUUACUAACUCCUCCAAUAUUAUUAAGAGGUCCGUACACUAAAAUUUCUGAAUAAUUCGAUUGUUUGUUUCAAAAUCACCAGGUAUCCUCACCUCUGACGAGUCGCGCGACAUCUUCUCGAAGAACUAUUCCUUUGUGCAAGUUGGAGUUGCAACCUCGACUAAGGCCCAGGACGCUCGUAAGCAUGCUGCCGUGAUGGCUCUCCUUGAAGCAGCAAAGAAGACCGGUGAUGCUCGACUCUCUGCCCUCGCUAUCCAGGCUCAGCUCGACUCUUUCACGAAGGUAUUACUCUACCUUGACCCUAAUCGAAAAUUGAAAUUAUCGUUUCGUCUUUAGAUGAUGUUGGCAAUUACCAGUUGUAGUAUGCGUUCAUCCUUUACCGGAAAGUAUAUGACAUCAAUCUUCUCCCUUCGCUUCCACAUCGAUCACCGUUGUCCCCCUUGAUGAGUCUUCUCCCAAUUUCGAAACUACCAGAUCAAAGAAAUGAUGAUGAAGUUGGCUGCGGAAGUUGAGGCUGAGAAGAAGGCUGAGUUCGCCAAGCGUGACAAGUGCAAUGCUGAUUUGGCGGAGAACGAGGUCGCACGCACUGACACCUCCGUCUUCAUCUCUGAUACCGAGAAAGCGAUUGCGAAGCUUGUGUCCGAUAUCGAGACUCUGGACAACGAGAUCGCAUCCGAAAAUGCGUCUAUCAUUAAGGCUAGAUGAAUCAGAAUUGUGUUUUCAUGCUACAAUGCAGGUAGAUUAAUCUCCAUCUCCGGCUCCUCGUUCUUUUUGUUUUGAUUCAGUACCCAGAUGAAAGAACAUGAACUUCGCGUCAGUUAAACUGUCGUUAGAACAAUUGUCUCAUCCAGCAAUCGGCUACCACAGCAGAAAAGAGUUCUUGUUCGACCUCUAACACAAAGGAGAUGCAAGGCGUGAUCGCAGAAGCCACUGAGACCCGCAGAGCAGAAAAUGCUGCUUUCAAGGAAGAAGUGAAGAACCAGGAAUUGACCAUGGGUGUUCUGGAGAAGGCCAAGGCAAAACUCGAAGGCUUCUACGGAAAAGUUGCCCUUGCUCAGCAGGUACUACUCUUCAGAAGGUGCUUUAGCUUCUGCCAGCAUAGCCAUCACCUCCCUUGAGGAAGAAAAAGAUGAAAGACCUUGCUAGAGGACUAGCUUUCAUCCCGUAUACAUCUAGCAAGACGUAGAAACGACCGAUCACUGAGGUUUCACUAUCGAUCCCAGAACACCAUGUGAUACCAAACUAAAACACACAGGAGCCGGCCCCCAAGCAGGCUACUUAUUCGAAGAACGAGCAGGCGCCGGGUGUCAUUGGACUGUUCGAGAUGAUCAUGGCGGAUGCCCAAGCUGACAUUGCGGAGGCCAAAAAGGACGAGCAAAAGGCGCAAACUGAGUACGAAAAGCUGGUCUCCGACUCCAAGGACUCGAUCAACACCUCUGAACAGGCGAUCGCGCAAAAGCAAACCGAGAAGGCCGAUGCCGUAUCGCAAAAAGAACAGAAGUUAUGGGGCGGUGUUUUUACUAAACGCAAACCUUGUAUUUUUACCGAUAACGUAAGAAACCUUGUUCGUUUCAUCUGGACCUAGUUGUACGAAAACACUCUUGUUCAUCUUCUUCUAACCCACGAUCUGGAGUCGAACCAAGCGGAGGAGAAGCUGGAAUCCUUGGAGGCCGAAAAAGGUGCACUUCACGAGGACUGUGAUUUCCUGUUGAAGAACUUUGACAUCCGUCAGUCUGGCAUGGAGAGCGAAAUCGAAUCAAUCAGACAGGCUGUCGCUGUACUCAGUGGAGCCAACUUUGAUUUUUAGACCUAGUUGUAGUUGAUGUUUUUUAGAUUUCUCAAUUUGAUGUUGGUGAAAUGAUGAAGAGUGAUGUAAUAUUGUCAAGAGAACUUUGAUUAAUAGAGUGGUCAGGCUUGUUUUGGUUUGCCACUACAGAUGGGUCGUGAAUGUUGUGAGUUCAGAUGCUUGUUGGCGUUGAUUGGUUCUAGUUGUUGUCAUACAGUUUCCAAGGAGAAGUUAGUUUUAUCAUCAAAUAUAGCGACCCCAAGCAAAAGCAUGUUUCCACGGCAUAGUUCAAUGCAUAGUUUAACUCUCAUCAACGACCGACGAUUACGACGAAUGUUCCUGAAAAUGUUUUCCCUUUCUUCAAUGAUCAGCAUAGAAGGCAUGUUUUCCGAUAGAAACUGUUAAGAAUCCCACCACUUUUCUUUUCUAAUAACGACGAUCAUCUAAAACUUCUAAAUUUCCUAAAACGACGACAAUGACAAUCUAUUUUUUCUGGAGUUUGGCAACGACGACGACACUUUUCUUGAGAUACAAUUGGCAUACGAUUCGAUGUUUCAGUAUAAGCAUUUCAAACGGUGGGGGAAGAUGAGGAAGAAACUGGAAAGCAUGUCUUCUUGCAGAUGCUGGCAACGCAUCCACAAGGCAUAACGGCCUCCAUGCUAGGUCAACGUCAUCAG